AUGUCUGAUUCCAUCGACAGGGUCUUUGUCAAGGCCAUAGCAACCAUCCGGACGCUGUCCACGCGGUCGCCCAAGAGCUCGCUUCCGCGGCCGCCGCUAGCCAAUCGCGUCAAACUGUACGGACUCUACAAACAAGCAACCGAGGGGGACGUCACAGGGCUUAUGGAAAGACCCAUAGGGUCGCGGCCAGAGGACGAGGCAGCAAAGCGCAAAUGGGACGCGUGGAAGCUGGAGGAAGGACUUUCCAAGACGGACGCUAAAAAACAGUACAUUUCAUAUCUAAUAGAAACCAUGAGAAGCCAUGCCAACGAGUCUGUGGAGGCCCGUGAGCUGCUGAGCGAGCUGGAGUAUCUGUGGGACCAGGUCAAGGACCAGCAGGUGUCGCCGACGCUGGGCGAGUUCCACCACGAAGUUCCGCUAUCCACCCGUGCGCAGAGCCCUGCUCUGUCGUUGUACCGGCUCACGUCGUCGGGCUCGCAUGCGAAUCUUGUGAGGCCUGUUUCGCGGCUCUCGAUGACCAGCGUCCCUGCAGAAAAACAGUCUGCGCAGGGGGCUUGCCCACGGGCCGUCAGCAGCACCGCGACGAUAUCGCAGAUUGCAGGGUCCGGGGCCACUACGGGCGGACUAAACAGCCAGGGUGUCGACACAACCAAAAACCUCGACUUUGUGAGGUGGCAAAACGACAUCAACGCGACGCUGACCCGUCUCAGCUACGAAAUUUCGAGUCUGAAGACGAUUGGACUGAACGCCCAGCUACACGAGUCUCCGCCUAGUAGAAACGUGCCGAGAAAAGAAAGGAGAAGGAGAACGCUUUAUUCCCGCAUCAGAGCCCUCGUUGUUAGUCUGCUGAGCAAAAUGUUCAGAGUUUUCAAGACAGUGCUGAAACAUGCGGCACUAGACUCGGUGGUGGCUCUAGUUUUUCUGGGGUUCUUACAUAAGAUAAGCACGGUGCAAGGGUGGGACGUCGAUUUGGGCCAGGCCCUGGGGCCUAAUGUUGAGGCGAUCUUGCACGGCGUGCGAGAAUUCUACCACAGGGUUUUCAACGGUAAGUGGACCAUUUGGGGCGGCGAGCAUCAGCAGAAUGCGCUAAUCAGUGUUUAA